AUAUUAAAAUAAAAUGAAUUGGAAAAAAAGAGUGAGCAAGUAAUUUCGUUGUUUUUUCUGAAUCAAACACACAAGAGAUACUUGUAAAUAAACUGGGGCUAAAGUCCGGCAGAGAUGCAGUGAAAGCAGGUGACGAAAGAAAGAAUGGCCGCCUCCGACGGCUCCAAGCUGUACAGGAACAAACCUAAGAAAUCGCGGCUGAAGCAGCAAGCAUCUCCUUCGCCGAUGACUUCGUCUACUCCUCCGCCGAUGACUCCGUAUACUCCUCCGCCGGCUAAGCCCGCGCCGCCUUCUCCCCCUGCAAAGGAACCUUUCCUUCGCCGUUACAGGUUUCUAAUCCCGAUGCUCUUGGCCGUCAAUUUCUCCAUUGGAGCUUACAUUUACACGAGGACAAAAAAGAAAGACACCGCCAUAGAAAUGGAAGAGACUCCUCCUAGCCCUUCUGUGGUGACUGCUACCGAAUCUGCCACAAUUGCUGAAAAACUAGUUACUCCACCUGCAGUGCAGCAGCCUGUUAAGGAACCGAUAUCUGAAAACGAUAAGCGCGAGAUUUUAAAGUGGAUGCUUGAAGAGAAGAGAAAACUGAAGCCAAGAGACCCUGAAGAGAAAAAGCGCAUCGAUGAGGAUAAGGCCAUUCUUAAACAGUUCAUUCGUGCAAAGUCUAUCCCCAAUCUGUAAACUGUCAAACAGCACUCUGGACAAAAUCUGUUGAUGCGAUUUUUUCUCUUCUUCUGGUACCUUUCUGGUAUGUUGGUUGUGUAGUACAGUACUGUUUUAUGUUUACUAGUAGUACAUUCCUAAAGCUUUCAUUACAAAAAUAUAUGAAGGGGCAUGGUUCCUCUGUCCCUCCAUAGCAAUGGUUCCUUUAUGCCAGAACACUUAAGGCCAUGUUUGGAGGGGGGAGAUUGAUGGGGAAAGUGGAAAAAACCAAGGAAAAGUGUGUUUUUUUCCCUUGAAAAAUAUGAAGAAAUACCCAAUCUGAUU